AGACUAAAAUUUAUUUAGUGCUCUUUUUUUUUUUUUUUUAUUUAUUUAUUAUUAUUGUUGUUAUUAUAAUUCUGGCAAAUGAUAGCGAAGCGUAAUUACAUUUUUGAUAUUAAAUGUAUAUUUAAUCAGUGUUUAAGUGUCAUUUCGUCAAAGACAACACCGGUCAAUUGACAUUUCGAUAAUUAAAAUUGAAAAUUUUGCUGAUUUAUCAGACAAUUUAUUAUUUUUUUGAGAUCAAAAUAAAUUAAAUUUUUUAAAAAAUUAUUGUCAUUCAGUAAUGCGAUCAAGUGUAUCAACAAUAUACAGAAGAAAAUUUGGUUUUAAAUAUUGGAAGCUGAUAAUUGUUAACGUGUAAAUCAACAGCUGGAUAAUUCUAAAUUGAAAAACCUAAAAAUUUAUCAUUUAACAAAAAAAAAAAUAAAAUUAUAAAUUAAAAAGAGAAAAAGAGAGAGUUAUAAUUUAAUAGUUGAUAAUGUCAACAACUGAGCCGAUGAUGUCAACUGAGGAUGAAAUACCUCCGAGUCAAGAAACUCCAGUUGUUCCUGAUUUUUCCAGCAUCAGAGGAAAGGAUGUUCUUGUAAGUCCAUCUGAAGAACAGUAUGAGCUUUUAUUAAGAAGACUAAAAGAAAGAGUUCAGGAUGGUGGAUCUGAGACAAUUUUUGACAUUGGAAUUGGAGAAGAUGGUUCUGAAGAUGGUUUAAAACAAGAUGAAUAUGAUGCAUCAGUUGCAACACUUCAAUCACUUGCAUCAACACUUGAAGCUGAUUGUGUUCUUCUUCGUCAGAGUAAAGUUGAUAAAGGUUUAACUGGACAAUAUUUAGUUCGUCAACGUUUAGAUCAACAAGAUUUUUUGGAAAUUCGUGUUGCUGUUGUUGGUAAUGUUGAUGCUGGUAAAUCAACAUUACUUGGUGUAUUAACACAUGGUGAACUUGAUAAUGGACGUGGUCUUGCUAGACAAAAAUUAUUUAGACAUAAACAUGAAGCUGAAACUGGACGUACAAGUUCUGUUGGAAAUGAUAUAUUAGGUUUUGACAGUGUUGGUAAUGUUGUUAAUAAACCAGAACAUGGUUCACUUGAUUGGGUUAAAAUAUGUGAAAAAUCAUCAAAAGUUAUAACAUUUAUUGAUCUUGCUGGUCAUGAACGUUAUUUAAAAACAACUGUAUUUGGAAUGACUGGACAUGUACCAGAUUUUGGUAUGCUUAUGGUUGGUGCAAAUGCUGGAAUUGUUGGAAUGACUAAAGAACAUUUAGGUCUUGCAUUAGCUUUAUCUGUACCUGUAUUUGUUGUUGUAACUAAAAUUGACAUGUGUCCACCAAAUAUAUUACAAGAAAAUUUAAGAUUAUUAAUACGUAUAUUAAAAUCACCAGGUUGUAGAAAAGUACCAGUUAUUGUUAAAACACCAGAUGAUGUUGUUGUAAGUGCAACAAAUUUUGUAUCAGAACGUCUUUGUCCAAUAUUUCAAGUAUCAAAUGUUAAUGGUGAAAAUUUAAGUUUAUUAAAAAUGUUUUUAAAUUUAUUAACUGCUAAAAUAACAAGUCAUGAUAAUAAUGAACCAUCUGAAUUUCAAAUUGAUGAUACAUAUUCAGUACCAGGUGUUGGAACAGUUGUAUCUGGUACAACAUUAAAAGGUACUAUUAAAUUAAAUGAUGUAUUAUUACUUGGUCCAGAUCCACUUGGUCAUUUUAUACAAAUUGCUGUUAAAAGUAUACAUCGUAAAAGAAUGCCAGUAAAUGAAGUACGUGGUGGACAAACAGCAAGUUUUGCAUUAAAAAAAAUAAAACGUUCACAAAUAAGAAAAGGUAUGGUUAUGGUAUCACCAUUAUUAAAUCCACAAGCAUGCUGGGAAUUUGAAGGUGAAAUAUUAGUGUUACAUCAUCCAACAACAAUAUCAUCAAGAUAUCAAGCAAUGGUACAUUGUGGUUCUAUACGUCAAACAGCAUCAAUAUUAACAAUGUCACAAGAUUGUUUAAGAACUGGUGAUAAAGCACUUGUACAUUUUCGUUUUAUAAAACAUCCAGAAUAUAUUAAACCAGGACAAAGAAUGGUUUUUCGUGAAGGAAGAACAAAAGCUGUUGGUAAUGUUUUGAGAUUAAUUCCACAUUCAACACCUGGUAUAACACAAAAUUUAAGAUCUGGAAAAACAAAUAAAAGUGGACAAGGAAGACAAAAUCAUAUGACUGAUGGAACUGAGGGUAAUUCUAGCUUUGAUGGACAAGUAUCUAAACGUGAAAAUAUGCCACAAAAAUCAGGCUCUGGACCAGCAACUAAAAAAGGAAGAGGAAAAAAAAAUGGACGUCCUCAUAAUCCGGGAAAUUUUAAUUCAACUGUUCAACCACUUGCUGAACAAAAUCCACCAGCUAAAAACUAAAUUUUCAUUUUCUUUUUCAUUUUCUUUUCUAUGUGUACAAAAAAAAAGAGAAGAAACAAAGGGAUUAUUAAUCUAUCAUAAAUAUAUAUAUAUUUUUUUUCUUUUCAUUAAACUUAAUUAAAAUUUACAAUUAAAAAUUUAUUACGCGCACACUGGUGGAUAUCAAAAAUAAAAAAAAAAAAGUCAGUAUUUUUGUAAAAAAAAAAUACUUGAAGAAAAAAUUUAAUUAUAAGAAUAUUGUGAAAAACAUAUUUUGAAAACAAUUUAUAUUAUGUAUUUGUUAUUAUGACAACAAAAAAAAAUUGACAAAAUGAUUAUGAUCAUAAUUUUUUUCAUUUUUCAUUGAUUGAAAAUAUAUAUUUGGAUAAAAAAAAAAAACACAAAAUUUUUAAUUAUUAAAUUAAAAUAAAAAAAAAAUAAUAAAAUGGCUCUAAUGUUUACAUGAUUAUUUAAACAAUAAAUGUUAAAUAAUUUUUCUGCUAUUUAUGAUAAUUGUUCAGACUAAUAAUUAUAAGAAAAUAAAUGUGAUUUUAAUGAUGAAAUAUUUAAUGAUAAUGCAUCAAGUGUGAAAAAUAAAUAUAAAAAAUUCUGGAUUUACUUUGAAUAAAAAUAAAUAUGUAAUAAAAAUAG